UCAUUUUCAGUGACCUGUUUGGCCCCAGUGUGUUGAACUCAACGGACAUCAGAUAGUUUGGAAGGCUCGGUCAUUUUUAUCUUCAAAGAGGCGUUCGGAAUUCGCCCUGUGUUUUUAUUUUAAUAACUAGUACAGAAGCUUCCUCUGCAAGCUGACUCUGAAUUUCGGAAGCAACUAAUUUACAAGAGAAUGAGAGCAGGGAAGUUUGGAGGGCAGCCUGACUGCUUGCUGCUGCCAUACCUGAUGAGCCAACAUGGCCGUCCUCUCUAAGGAGUAUGGUUUUGUGGUUCUAACCGGUGCCGCCAGCUUUAUCAUGGUAGCUCAUCUAGCCAUGAACGUUUCCAAGGCCCGAAAGAAGUACAAAGUGGAGUAUCCGACCAUGUACAGCACGGACCCUGAAAAUGGGCACCUUUUCAACUGCAUUCAGCGCGCCCACCAGAACACGUUGGAAGUGUAUCCUCCUUUCUUAUUUUUCCUAGCUGUUGGAGGUGUUUACCACCCGCGUGUAGCUUCCGGCUUGGGCUUGGCCUGGAUCGUGGGACGAGUUCUCUACGCGUAUGGUUAUUACACAGGAGAACCCAGCAAGCGGAGUCGGGGCGCCAUCGGCUCCAUAGCCCUCCUUGGCCUGCUGGGCACAACCGUGUGUUCUGCCUUCCAGCAUCUUGGUUGGGUUAAAACCGGCUUGGGCGGGGGGUCCAAAUGCUGCCAUUGAAGAAUCAUAGGCUGUUUAAAAACUCUCGUUCAUUUUGAGUGACUUUUAUUUUCAGUUACUUUUUUUUUUCUAAAUAUAAUAAAAACCUACCUGGCAUCAGCCUCAUACCUAAA